AUGAAAUCUGGGGUAUACCAAUUUCUCAUAGGCUGCUUUGCAGCCUUUGGUUCUUUCCUUUUCGGCUAUGAUCUCGGUGUGAUUGCUGAGGUUGUUGCUGCCUCGUCAUUCAAGACAAUGUUUUUGCAGAGUAAUGCAGAUUCCAAGUCCGGUACGGUGGUUUCUCUCUACACUGGCGGCUGCUUCUUUGGCGCUCUUGGGGCCGGAUUUACGGACAGAUUAGGUCGCCGGGGAACAAUCCUGAUGGCAUGUGUCAUCUUUACAAUUGGAGGCAUCAUCCAGACUGCUGGUGUUCGGAUUGAGAUGCUGUAUGUUGGCAGGCUACUUGCCGGGUUUGGAACGGGAUUCCUAGUUAUGAUUAUCCCAAUUUAUCAGGCAGAGAUUUCACAUCGCCGCAUUAGAGGGAGGAUUACAACCCUACAACAACUCUUCAGCGCCUUGGGGCAGGUAACUGCUGGCUGGGUCGCAUAUGGUUGCUACGCGGCCUACAACAGUACAAACGACAGUCGUGAAUGGCGGAUUCCCUUGGCAAUUCAAAUCAUUCCGGCACUUUUCCUAGGCAGCUUAGUCUAUCAAUGUCCCGAGAGCCCACGGUGGCUUUGUGACCACAAUAAAGCAGACGAAGGGCUCAAGACUCUCGCUCGGCUUCAUUCCCAUGGCGACACGAACGACGCCUAUGUGAUUGCAGAGUUUAACCUCAUCCAAACCCAGCUUGAAGCGGAACGUGCAGAAAAGACACCUAACUAUCUUGACCUGUUCAGAAGCUGGCCACAAUUCCGCCGCAUAAUCAUAGUCAUGGCUAUUCAGGCAGGCUGCCAGGGAACUGGUGUUAGUGCUAUCCAAUACUUCUCCCCGCAAAUCUUUGCUCAGCUUGGAAUUCCCGUCAAAACAACACUUCUCAUGCAAGCUGUCAAUGCACUUGUGGGGCUAGCAGGCACCUCACUCUGCAUUGUGAUCAUCGAAUUGGUAGGACGACGGCCCUUAGAGAUCGGGGGUUCGCUGAUCAUGACCAUCACAUUCGCUGUCAAUGCUGCCUUGAUCAAAAUCUUCCCAGCUUCUGUUUCCAACACUGGUGCGCAUUGGGGGUUUAUUGUCAUGACUUGGGUCUUUAACUUUGUGUUUUUCGUCACUAGCGGACCUCUGUCAUGGGCAAUUCCGCCCGAGCUUUUUGGAAACGCUAUGCGCGACACAGGUGUGUCAUGGGGCACGAUGACUUCUUUCGCCUUCAAUACGAUGGUAGGCCAGGUCACCCCUAUCGCGAUUAGUGCAGUCGGCUGGAGAUACUACCUCGUCUUUGUCGUCUGCAAUUUCACCACGGCCAUUUUCUUCUGGGCAUUCCUGCCAGAGACCAAAGGGCUUAACUUGGAAGACUUGGAAGAGUUGUUCAAGGAAUCGCCUGUCUUCAUUCCUGGUUCUAAAUGGGUGCCGAGCUCUCAUAUUGAACUGGACGCAAGGCGGAUUGCAGAGAAGGAGACGCCGGCAAAUCGGCACAUCGAGCAGGUUGAUGAUGGCUCUGUGUGA